AUGGCGCGAACGCAGCUGGCCAACUUCGCGGCGCUCCUGUUCGCGCACGCGGCGGUGUUCGCCGCGCUGCUGGCGGCGUUCAACGCCGCGGAGGCGCUGCGCGUGGGCUCCGACGGCCGCGCCGUGCUCGCGCUCUCGGCGGCCGGCGUGAUCGUCUACUCCGUGGCGCUCGCCAACGCCGCCGCCGUGUGCAACCUCGCCACGGUGGCUGCCGCGGCCGAGCGCGGGCGCGGCGGCCUCCACGCCGUCCUCAGGGCCGUCCUCCUCGUCCGCGGCGACGCCGCCACCGCCGUCGCCGUGGCGCUCCCGGCGACGCUCGCCACGGCCGCCGUAGAGGGCCUCUUCCAGCUCAGGAUCGCCCGGCCGUACACGCUCAACGGCGGUAGGCUGACAUCAUCAAUGGUUUGUGAAGGGUUCUUGAUUGCAUACAUCCACUCCAUGAUCUGUGUUCUUGACACUGUCAUCACCUGCAUGGUGUACCAAACCUGCAAGGCCAGCCAUUCUUGUGAUCUCUUGGAGCUGGAGGAGAAAGGGGAAUUGGAAGCCUGA